AUGGUCUGCGCCAAGUGUCAAAAGAAACUCAAAACCACUGAGCUUGCCACACCGGGCGUCAAGCGCAAGAAUGACAUGUACUAUGGCUCGCCGGCCACAACGCUUGGUGGGGCAUCGUCCUCGUCUGAUAAAGGGAAGAGCAAGCCGACAUUAGGGGCGACGGGCGUAGGCAAGAGCAAACUUCUCAGUGCCAAGGCGAAGAAUCCCUACGCGGCGUAUUCAUCGUCCUGCGAGCAAUGCAAGACCAAGACUGAGCAGGGGAGGAAGUUUUGUCAGCGCUGUGCGUAUCAGAAGAAUGCAUGCCCGAUGUGUGGCAAGAAUUUGGCUGGUAAAUCAGCCAAGGACCAGCCCAUUGUUCAAGGCCAAAAAUUCAAUUUGAAGUGA